AUGUGGUAACUCCAACUUAUUUCAAUCACAACACUCCAACUCUUGAACGAAUCAAGCAUCCAAAAUGAAGUACCUCUUCGUGGUUGCCCUCAUAGCACUGGCCAUCCAGUGCGCCUCUUCUGCAUCUUCCACGACAACUACAACCGCUGCUACCACUACAACCACUACCACCGAUGCCACAACCACCACAACCGCCUCCUCCACCCACAAGAAGCGCUGUUGGAAGGGCAACAACUGGUGCCACACACGCAUCCCCAAGAGGAAGUGCAAGCACCCGAAGAGGUGCCACAAGACCGUCGUGAUUGUGACCCACAAGAAAGGAUGAAGAUCCCAAGACGCUAUCCCUAAACAUCUUAUUCUUCUAAAUUUAAUAAACUACUGGCUUUUGGUCGGUUAGAAGUAAAUAAAAACUCAAACGUCUGUAAAUCAA